AUAAACUUUAUUUAAAUGGCAUUUCUCAGAAAAACGGCUUUCAAAAGUGUUACACCGAAAAAAUGCACAGAGUAAUGACACCUUCGUCCAGACAUGUGUCUCAGUGUGUUUGUGUUGAUCUGAACAGAAGAUUCAACAUAUGUCUGCAACAUCUGCCGCUGCAGCUCUGCAGCAGAAGGCUGAACUGUCGCUGGUGAUGCUUUCAGAUUGUACAGUUGCUUAUCUAACAGGGACGGUUGAUUAUUCUCCUCUGUUCAUGCAGCAGAUGGAUGAGUGGAGCUGUUCAGCAGACAUGCACCGUUUAUACACAUGGGAGUAGAAACUGCUCAUUAUGAGAUAUGUCAUUUUCCCGGCUCUCCUUUUUCUUUUUUAAAAUGUGAAUCCAAUUCCAUACUUGGUUCAUGACCAUGGGCCUCCUGGCUACUUUCUCAAGUUCUUGCCACAUCUAGCAGAGUUAUGUUGGAGAGAGAGAAGCUGUUGUACUGGAUGUGACCUCCACAGCCACAUGCGGGUGUGUUUCUCCUCGUUCAAAACUUUGUUAAAAUGGUUGAAAGAAGCAAACAAACCAGCGUAGAAAAGUGUAGUUUAUAACAUGCACAGUGUGUGUUAAUAAUGCUGCAGUCCAGGUCUACAACGAAUAGGAGGGUUUCAUUUUCUUCCCAAACUCUCCCUCUCUCUCACAAACUGUCACAUGAUCUCUCAUGCGCCGUUUGAGUUUGAGAGAGAGCCUCCGCCGCCCACUGGCUGAUUCCGACCAAUCAGCACACAGAGGAAACAAAGCUGUAUAAUGUACCUUAUAUUCUGUGUGGCUGAUGAACCUCAUAUAGGCAAGUGAGCUGCGACCUUAAAGAGACAGGACCCCUGUAACUAAAUAAAGAUCCUGUCUAUCCCUGAUGCACUGCAGAUGUUUUUACUCAGGCUCCUGGAGUUGUCGCACUACGUAGAUAAAGAGCUGAGGUGGGACGUUAGUGUGUCUCGCUCUGUAAUAACAUGUGUCUUGGUUGAAUCCCAUGAGUCAGUGCAGGGUAGUUCAACAGGGAGUUCGCUCAACUUGUUGGUGUGGUCAAGUCAACGAACAGACAGAUCAAGCGCUGCGUACAGGACUCGGGGGACUGCCUGCGGGAGCACAUGCAGUACAUGAUGAGGUCACUGCAGGACCUGAAACAGCUGAGGAGGACCUGUCCCGCAGCCCGUCAACCGCUUGCUCCCAUCGGCAACCAGCUCCCGGAGUUGGCGUGCCCCUCAGCGCUGGCACGCGCCUGUCAGCAGCGUGCGAUGCUACGCGAGCGGCGCACCCGCCUGCGGAUGUCUGACGCCAGCACCGCCAGCACGUACGACUCUGCCUGCUGCCUGGCGAGUCACCUGGAAGAAGAUGAGGACGUGGAGGAGGACGAGUCGAGCAGCCGACUGGGCCUGGCCUCUCCCAGCAGCCACAAGAGUCUGGAGUUUGAUUCGGGCUACUCUGAGGCGUCGUGGCAGGAGGAAGGGGUUGUUCUCAGGAGGACGAGGAACGUGCGGGUUUCUUCUUCAGCCUGCCUCCGCACAAACAGAGCGCCCAGCGGACGUAUCCGACCCAAAUCCACGUCCGAUGCCUGCCUCGAGAGGUGGACGUCGUUUGAGGUCAGUGACCCAGAGGACUGGACAAACUCUUUAUUGACCAGGGGACGCAACCGCCAGCCUCUGGUCCUUGGGGACAACAGCUUUGCAGACCUCGUACAGAACUGGAUGGAUUUGCCAGACUUCCCCGAGGCCGCUGACCUGAAGCCGAACUCGGGACACAGGCCGGGAAGAGGCUUCUUUGUCAACAUGAGGAGGAAACUUGCCGGGAUUUCUAAGACUGUGGAGGAGAGGGUGAAGAUGAGAUCCACGGACUCGGCUCAUCUGAACAGAACUGCAAAUGCUCAGAAACGUCUGUCCUGUCCCGUUGUGGCGUCGCAGCCCAAAGUCCCCUUUUUCCACCAGUCCCACUCAGGCAUCAAUGAGCUGGACUCAGACUUUUACCAGUUCGCUGCCCUGAUGAAGUCGGGCAGCCGACAGCCCAUCAUCUGCAAAGACAUCUUCGGCUACAUCUGACAUGUAGAGCCACGUAUCCUCAGAGUCACUUUAUUUUGAUAUGACUGCUUUGUUCUCACUUGUUAUAUGCUGGUAUUAAACUAUUGGAAAUAAAAAAGGCUCACGUGUUUUAAACUCU